GGCUCCAAUUCCAGCAUCUGGUCUCAGGCUCCAGUGGUGACGUCAUCCUCAUCGUCCACAGAUUUAUCUCCAGAUUCAUCAAGUGACCUACCUAUGUUACCUAAACGACUUCUCUCACCAAGCAGACUUGGCUUUCUUUCCUUUGAUUCUCAGUCAUCAUCCAAAGGUCAGAAGCUCAUAACUGAUGCAUGCCUGAAGUUAAGCAUCUGCUAAUGAGUUAUAAUGGUUUUUUAAAUUUGAUACAAUGACAAAUUACAUGCUGUUUAUAUCAUUUGUGGGGGGGGUGGGGUUCUAUUUUAUUUUUUGUGAAACUUAAUGUAAAAUUUGAAAUUAAUUAAAUAAUUAUUGUUAUAACCCACAUAAAUGUACCAAACCGUAGCUUAAAUUAUUAAAUUAGGGGCCAUCCAUAUUUUAUGUAGCCACUGGGGGGGAGGGGUGUUGAUCUUGGAUAUUUUGCGUAUAAGAGCGAAAAAGGGUUGGGGGGGGGGUGUCUCUGCAGAAAGUGUUUACAUUUUUAAAAAACUUUUUCAAUAAUAAUCAUGAAAUUUUCUUGGUCCAAAAAUAUAAUAAUUAUAUCUUAGCUUAAAUUAUUAAAUUAGGGGCCAUCCAUAUUUUAUGUAGCCACUGGGGGGGAGGGGUGUUGAUCUUGGAUAUUUUGCGUAUAAGAGCGAAAAAGGGUUGGGGGGGGGGGGUCUCUGCAGAAAGUGUAUACAUUUAUAAAAAAAUUCUUCACUAAUAACCAUGAAAUUUUCUUGGUCCAAAAGUAGCAUAAUUAUAUCUCGAAUGCUCUAGAAAUAUCAGCAAUUUUUUUUAGGAAUUAUCGUCAUAAUUUUGUCUUGUGUUUUCACAAAUGAACUUGCUAGAUAUUACCCAGAUAGUACUCAGUAGUAGAGGUAUUAAAGUAAUAUUUAGUCCACCGUAUGUUCAAAGUGCAGGUGACGUAUAUUUUGUUGGGCUGCCAUUUUUAUAUUCUCAGCGCAUAUUCCAAAUAUAGGUUUUCACCAGACGCUCUUUGUAAGUGCACCUUGAAAUCGCGAAUGCUUAUCUAAAAUAACAUAAAGGAUGGGUAAAAAUAAAUGAAACAUGUAUGUAGGUCACUGUCACCUAGUAAUUGCAAACAGAAGUUACUCAAGUGGGUCAGAUCAGAGCUAGGAUAAGUUUCCUGUUAUUGGAGAUUUAUUAUAAGGUAGCAUUUUAUUUAAUAUCUUUACACCAAAGGUCUACACCUAUCUCUUCCAAGAUCCUUCUCAGAUACCUUAUUCACCCAUAAUCCAUGGUUCAUUGUUUCACUGUUUGUAAUUAUAAUUUCCUACCUCCACAGAUAGUAACUCACGCAGUCCUUCCCCAUGGUCUCCCAUCAGCUUAAAUAAAAGUGCUUCCAACUCAGCUGACCCCCUUGGUACAUGGACACACCACCAGCAGUCAGAAUCAGAAGUGACAAGGCCACAUCCAUGUGUUUUAACAAGUCAGCAUGGUUACCUCAGUCCCAAUUACUCUGGAUCUUACACAAAGUUUCCCCAAGUUCCUGUUACAACAGAAUCCAUCUCCUCUGAUUAUCUUCAAGGACCCUGUGAUUCUCAAACGUGUGAAAGUCCUAUAAAAAACGCAAGCCCAGGGAUAUGGCAAGCCAUGGGGAACAAUGUGACCAAUGGCCUUGGGAAUCAGAAUUCGCUGGAGAACCUAAAUUUAAAUCCUAAACCUAAAGCUUUGCGAAGGUCACAUCGUA